GGAGCUGUUUGAAGAGUGGUAAGAGAGACGCGAAUGGAGCGCAAGCUUAUCACCUGAUCACGUCAUUUGAGGCAAGGAGGAGAGCGGAGCUCCUCGAAAUACUUGCCAUUCAGCUAGAUGAGCAGUAAAGUUGGUCUGAGGCAAGAAAAGCGGACGCUACUGUGAUAUGCCCAAAUCCUUCCUUGUGAAAAAAACCUCUCGCACCAAGAGGAGACUCGAAGAGGAGGAAGCAAGCGACGGUGAGUGCCUUUCCGCAUUGCAAUAAACCUUGCAGCUGACAAACUUGUCAAAGGUCAUCCGGCCAAUUUGCCCAGCUUUAGAACACUUAAACUUCAGAUUUUAUUUUGACCCCACUGCAUGUGUACCAUAUGCAAUUUCCAACAAUUUUACUCAAUCUUAUUAAAUUAAUUUAAUUAAUUCUUCGUUUGAGAAAAAGUCCCGCAGUUUUUUGGGUCAGCGCUUUUCUCGUGCCUUAAAGAGGUUUGUUUAAUGGAAUUGUCUUGAAGUUGACAAGAGUCUUCUUGAUUUUUUUUUUUCUAUUUUUUGUAAUAAACGUUGUCUAGUAAAUUUGUUCUUCAGUUUUCUCUUCCAGUGCAAUUUUCCUCCUCUCAUUACUUCAGUGGGAGAGUAUGCAAAAGUGUAAUCACACACAAACAUGAAUAAUUCACCUUUGCCGUUGCUCUUCAAGCGGAACUGUUGGACUUGGGUCGUCUUUUCAGUUUCAUUCCUGGAAAUAAUUUUAAGGAAAUUCUUCUUAUUUUUAAUCAGAUAAUGAAGAAGUUUCAGACAUCAACGAGGAAGGAGCACAAGAUACAAAUCUUGAAUCGCACGCCACCGGUAUGUUUACAAGUUUUGUUGACACUUUUACCUGUAGGACCCUAGACUUUAAAAUGGCGAUCACAGCUAAAAGUCAUGAAAGAAGGAGCCCGUUCGAUUGAAAAAUAGACCCUUUACUUAAAAUAAAAUCAAAGUUCAAACGUUAGAAGUGAGGAUUAAUUUUUGUGUAACGAACAUUUCAAAGUCAAUUCGUUUUGCUUAAUUGCAUGCCAUUAAGACUUUCACCCAAUGGCUCGACAGUUUCGCCAGGUAAAACAUGACUAUAGUGUUUUAACCUUGGUUGGAGCAAAUGAAUGUUAGUUUUAUUGCUAGAAUGUGAUUUCUACGCACAGAAUAGUUGGUUAAUGUUAUAACCUUUAUGGAAGACUGAUAACGUUAAAAUAGUUAAGACUUAGAAAGGGCCUGUGUCCGCUGUUUGGGAGUCAACAAGCAUAACGUUAAACAUUUGAAAUUCUGCGACGACAACGCUUUACAAGGUUGAAAAGUGAACUAUUGUCGGAAGUAUACCUUCAACGGAAAUAACAGAUCUGUCUCAAAAAUGGGGCAAGUUUUUAUUUAUUAGCUGAGGAAAAUUUGCUCGGUAGAAGGAAUAACGUAAUUAAAGUUACGCUACCGAGAUUUGAAGUAGAUUCAACGAGUCAAGUGUUUUAAAGUAAAACAAACACUCUACCUUUCCAAAGCGUGAAGCAUAAAGAAACAUUUGGUUCGUCAGAUUUUAAUUAAAAAGAUAAAAGAACGCUAACACGAGCUGCAAAUACAACUAAAAAUGUUUUCUUUAAGCUUAACUCGCGGAUUCAAAGACUAGAAUGACCGUGUACAGCAAAAUCAGGGAUAGUGCCACAGAAACUGCUAAUGCCUCUUUCUUGUUACUGCUUAACAGCUUUUUCAGAAACCAACCUGCAACAGUGAUUGGUUUUCAAUCACUGUCUCAAUUUAGUUAAUACGAUUAUAUAAUUGUAGUCCUGGUGAGGUUUUAUUUACAGUGUCAAUAGUUCAUACUGGCGCCCUUUCAAAGUCUGGUACAACUCGCCUUGCUAACAAAUUUUCUAAUUUCGCGCCAUUUUCUCCUUAAUAAGGCUUUGUAAAUUCAGUGGUUUUUGUUUAGAAACUACAUUAAAGCCUAUCCAAAACACUGAAUUGUAGGUCUAGUAUGAAGCUGUUGAAAAAAGUUGGAUUAACAACCAAUCAUUGUGGAAGAGUUAUUUUUUUUCUCACUAUGCACAGUACAAUCAAAAGUUCCUCUGCAUGUAAGAAUUUAGUCUACAUUUUUUAUAAGUCGCAGUCAGUAAAUAAAUUUUGAAAAACGUUGGAAAACGCCAACUGAAAAACAAAAGCUACUUCACAAAUGAAAAUACCUUGGAUCACGUCAUGACACGCUAACUGAAACACUCCAAGGGUAAAGCUUGAGAUAACAUAACACUAGCAAUGGUGUAAUAAGUUUUUUAUACCUAGCAAUUGAGAAAAAAACAAACAACCAAAUAUAUAAUUUUACGAACAUUUUCAGCGGUUUUCCAUUCCGAAACAAACUACUAUCAGCAUCGGACAAAAUUUGAAUUACCGUGGUGCUUGCGUUGAUGUUAGACUUGGCCACUUUCUUGUAUCCUGAAUCCUUACUUGCAAAAUCCUUGUCAGCUGUGAAUCUAAAGUUUGAUUUUUUCAUGUAACACAAGGAUUAAUUAACAGGCUUUUUUAACCCGGAUAUACCCGAGUACAGGAUAGUAUCUGCCGACCAAUUUCGUAUCUGUCAGAAGCUUUCAGCGCAGUUUUUUGGGACAUUCAGCUUUCAAAGCUGCCUGAUACUUGACUCUCAAUUGUUUCAUUGUUUAAUCACCAAAGUUUAGCUCAAAAGAGUUGUCAUCUCUCAGCAGUAAUUUUUUUUACUGGGCUUUGGUUAAAACAAGUGGAUAUGAGCCAAAAAUAAUCAUAUGACCUUAUCAUCUCAGCCAUGGACACAUAUAAAUGUAAGAUAUCAAGUUAAGCCGAGAUUUCCAAGUUGGGUUUCUUGAAAAUGAUUUUUUAAAAGAUUUAAUUGUUUUUUUCAGGUGAUGUGGCGAUUCAGUGUAACUUGGAAAACUCACAUACACUGCGCGUCAGCACUGGUGGGAACGAAGCGGCUACUUUUCCCGCGCUUGACACACGCGGACUGCAUACGCUUGCGGAACUGUGCUUACGACGCGCCGACUACGAGUUUUGUACACAGACAAGCAAGAUAGACAAAAGAGACAACGAAGUAAACAAGCAUGAAAGCUUUAGGGAGCCUUACGAUAAAUUGCAUGACCCUAGGUUUAAAAGGCGAGUUAGCGAUAGUUUUGCCAAUGUAAAGAGAGAGCGAGUAAACUUUGAGGCUAAAGAAAGUGCCGAGGAAAAGUGUGAAGAUCUGAAAGAAAGAAAAAAGCAAGCGGUGAAACGUGCUAGCAAUGUUUCGGAUGAUAACGGCUCAACAAGACUCCAUAAACUUGAAGAAGAACUAGAGAAGAUGUUACAGUAAGUUUUCUUUCAUGUUUUUCUUCUGGUCACUAAUUAUUUGAUUUCAGCAGGUUAAUUUUCAGUGGCUUUAUCAGCAGGGAGAAAAUAUUCUUUUUUGUUAACUGGUUAAUACAAAAAAAGGAGUUUAAUUAGCAUUGUCAGCCAAUCAAGAAGAGUAUUUAAGGUAUUUAUCCGAGUAAGCGCCUGGGCGCUUAUUUAAAUUACCUUUUAAAAAGGCAGGGAAGGUUUGAUUAGCUGCGUUUGAGCCACCAAGAUAUUUAAUACAGUCGACAUCAGGGUAACUCGAACCUUUUAUAACCUCCCACUAACUCGAAGCAAUUUUCAUUUCCCUUGAGAUCGUUUUCUACAUAAUUUUUCUCUCGGUAACCCGAACUUUUUUCUAGAGCCAAUUACUGCUUUUUUCUAUUUCCCUUGAAGUUUCGAAUUAUCAGGAGUCGACUGUGGGAGACUAGCUUAGACAUAACAAUUUCACUCGCAAUUCUCUCACUUGCACUUGCGUUGCAGGUAUAGCAGUGUAUAGUGUAAAGUAAAUCUUAUAACACGAUAAAUUUCUCAGGGGCAAAGAAGAGAUUAUUGGACGCGAGAUUCGAGAUUUUAUGGAGAACAACAAGGCUUUGGAAAAGGAGCUGAUCGAGGAGACCGGCGUGUCCCAAACUGAGAUCAAUAAAUAUCUCCACGAAAGUGUUCAUCUGAAUGAGGACAAGCGGAAGAAUCUGUUUCGUUGGUAUUUAGAGAAAAAGCUUAGUAGAAUGGAAUCAGGUACAACCUCCAUCUUCAUAAGCACUAAAACUAGUUGCUAUCAUUAUUUAGAAAAAAAAUGAGAAGUAAUUAGAAGGUGUUUUAUACCAUCUAUUGGGUAUUUCUGACAGGAUUUCUUUCAUUUUCUUUGAUUCGCAGUGCGUUUUCUGACGUUUAGCUUAGUGGUGCGUGUAUUCCUCAUCAAUAGAAGCGACUCAGAUUGCCUAAAUCUAUCGCUAAGCUGUUUGUCAGGGAUUAUUUCGUUUGAGCUUCUGAAGCAAAAUUAAAAAAACGCAAUAAUUUGUCUUAAGUUGUCUAGCUUAGAAGGUACAUGCCUUUCAGAGACCCUAGCGUCAACGCAGUUAAACAAAUUUCGCUUACUCUUCUUGACGAUAAUUAAAGAAAGAUUUCGUCACCGCUGAGACCUUUCAGUUGUUUCAUCGCCCUAAAUUUGAACCACUUUUUUAUUGGGUGGUUGAUCAAGAGGCGAAUGAAUUUGAAAAUACCAUAAAAUUCCGAAAAUAAGGCCCGGGGCUUAUAUUUUUCAAAGGCCCUUUUUGAGGGGCUUAUAUUCGGAGGGGCUUAUUUAUGGAGGGAAAUUUGCGUUUGAAAAUCGAUUGGGCUAGCCUUAGAGUUGGAAGGAAAUUGACCGUUUUUGCUUUAUUUUAGUUUGUAUUUGAGGGCAAUUUCCAAAAACAAGCCCCCGGGGGGCUUAUAGUCGGAGGGGCGAUUUAACGGAGGGUUUUUUGCGUUACGAGUUUGGGGGGCUUAUAUUUGGAGGGGCUUAUACAUGGAGAGGCUUAUACACGGAGGGGCUUAUUUUCGGAAUUUUACGAUAUACCUUUGCCACUUCAUUGAUCCAUCCCCGACAAAACAACAGAAAAAUUCAUUUUUCCUCUUUCUUACGCGUUUUGGUUUUUGCUUUCUUUGAAGAUGACGAGAGCUACACGUGUUACAAAUGUGGUAAAAUCUUCGCUUAUGAGAGUUACCUAGAGCGCCAUGUUAAGUACGUAUGUCCUGACAAAACAGGCCGCACUUGGAAGUGUUCUUACUGCAGUAAGGCAUUCCAGUAUCCUUGUUAUCUGCGGAGGCAUAUGCGGUCACAUACAGGUAAGAAUCUUAAAGGUGUAGGGUCCUUUGUAAAAGCCUGAACUCAACCUUGAGAAGACACUACCAAUGGAACUCUUUCCUUUGUGAGGUUAAACUAGGAAGCUUAGGAAACGAAAAAAAAGACGUCUAAAAACAACAUUAUCAGUGAGAAAAUGACACAGUUACUUUCUAGGUACAUCACACUUUUCACUACUUUUCUUUGCUGUUCUCUACGAAUAUUAUGGAGGAACGAGGGUAAAAUUCACAUGUGGUGAGCCUAAUUAAUGUCUAUGAGCAUUUCUUGCUCAUAAAUCUCAGGUGCGUAUGAAGUUCCACAUUUUAACGGGAUAUCCUCCGAACUUGCUUGUAAGCAAGCAAUGUAAGCAAUGUAAGCUAAUGGUUUUCUUCUCCUUUUAGGGGAGAGUCCUUACAAGUGUACGCAAUGUUCGCGGGCGUUCGUUCGUUCUACUGAUCUUCAAAGACACUUACGCAAUCACACAGGAGAGAAACCUUACAAAUGCCAAGAAUGUUCUAGAGCGUUUGCACGCUCUACGGACCUAAAGCGGCACAUGCGCACUCACACGGGAGAGAAACCGUAUAAAUGUUGGCAGUGCUCUAAGGCUUUCUCUCAGUCUGGCAGUCUGCAGACUCAUUUACAUACGCAUUACAAGGAGUCCUUGCAAAUGAAAGGAGUGAUUCCUGACAAGAACAAAAGGUCCUAA